AUGUUAAAGAAUUUGGACGUCCAAUUGCUCUCAAACCACUAUUACGGUGUCCCUUAUCUCCCUCAUGACUUUCAGCUGUUUGUUUUUCUCGUACAAAUAUAUUUCUGGAGGACAGUGAAGCAAACGGAGACAUGGUAUUUCGGAGAACAUUCGAGCCCAUUGCUCGGGUAUUUGAUGAUUGCUCGAGAUGUAUUUUUAAUCUAUGUAUUCUUUAUUCGAAUCCGAAAAGCGUUUAGGGUUUGGUGGGGAUAUGGCACUUUCAAGUUGAUUUCAAUGGCUCGUGAUAAAGUAUUCAAAGUGGUUUCCAGUUGGGUUUUAUCACUUCCUCCUAUCAAAAAGAAGGUGGAUACCGAGCUCAAAUCAACCAUAGAGCUCAUCGAGGAUACAGUGAUAAAGGGUAAAGAUUUGGACCAACAUAUUACCCUUCCAGAAAUCGGGUAUUCCGGAGCAAAAGUCGAAUCCGAGCUUGAUAGUCUUCAGGCCAUAAAGCAUUCCGACUGGGCCAACGGACGUGUGAGUGGGGCAGUCUACCAUGGUGGAGACGAGCUCUUGAAACUACAGACAGCAGCAUAUGAGAAAUACUCAAUUGCCAAUCAAUUACAUCCUGAUGUCUUCCCUGGAGUGCGAAAGAUGGAAGCUGAAAUAGUGUCUAUGGUACUUAAAUUGUUCAAUGCUCCUGCUUCUGGGUGUGGGUCCACUACUUCUGGUGGCACAGAAUCGUUGCUCUUGACGGGGUUGGCGGCUCGUGAAUAUGGCAAAAGAAAAAAGGGCAUUAGUGAACCCGAAGUGAUCGCACCAAUGACGGUUCAUGCUGGUAUAGAAAAGGCAUGCAACUACUUUGGAAUGAAGCUUCACAAGGUCGAGGUUAAUCCGGUAACCUAUCAGGUGGAUGUGAAACUGGUCAAGCGGCACAUAAAUAACAACACUGUGCUCAUCGUUGGUUCAGCUCCUAAUUACCCACAUGGUGUAAUCGACGAUAUUGAAGCAUUAUCAGAAUUGGCAUUGAAGUACAAUAUCCCAUUGCACGUUGAUGCAUGCUUGGGAUCGUUCAUAGUUACCUUUUUGGAAAAGAGUAAGGUCCAUGGAACUAAAUCGAUUCCCUUGUUUGAUUUCAGACUCGCUGGAGUUACCUCAAUUUCUUGUGAUACCCACAAAUAUGGUUUCGCUCCCAAGGGCUCUUCUGUGAUCAUGUACCGUACACCAGAGCUCCGUCAAUGCCAAUACUAUGUUCUGGUCGAAUGGGCUGGUGGAAUGUAUGGAUCCCCUACACUUGCUGGCUCGCGGCCUGGUGCUCUUGCAGUUGGAUGUUGGGCCACAUUAAUGCACAUUGGGGAAAAGGGCUACCGAGAGUCCUGUUUUGACAUUGUCACAGCUACCAUGAAGUUGAAAGAAGAAAUCAAAAGCGGUAAGUUAUCGCAGUAUCUUGAAGUACUCGGGGACCCGAUUGCACUGGUUAUUGCGUUUAAGCUGAAAAACGCUUCUGUGAACAUUUAUGACUUGGGUGAUGCCUUGACGGCCAAAGGAUGGCAUUUUGCCGCCCUCCAGAAACCAGCAGCGCUCCACUUUGCUUUUACAAGGUUGACAGUUCCAAUUGUAAAUGAAUUGAUCAGAGAUUUGAUUGAGUGUACCGAAGAAUUAGCAGCCAAUAAAUCGGGCAACAAGAAAAAUGAUACCGCCGCUAUUUAUGGUGUCGCUGGAAGUGUUAGCACCUCUGGGGUUGCUAAUCGGAUCAUUGUGGCAUUUCUCGACGCUUUAUACAAGGUCUGA